UUAUAUUUUUCUGCAUCCCCGUUGACAGUUAUCGGAUCCGUUUCUAAUAUGGAUCCAACUCCAAUAGACAAGUCCGCUCCAAUUUUCGUCGCCGGCCACCGCGGCCUGGUGGGCUCCGCUGUGGUCCGCAGGCUCCAGUCUCUGGGCUACACCAAUCUCCUCCUCCGUACCCACUCGGAGCUCGACCUCACCAUCCAAUCCGCCGUUGACAACUUCUUCGCCUCCCACAAGCCUUCGUACGUCAUCCUCGCAGCCGCCAAGGUCGGCGGCAUCCACGCCAAUAACACCUAUCCCGCCGACUUCAUCACCAUCAAUCUCCAGAUCCAGACCAAUGUAAUUACGUCUGCAUUUAAACACAAUACUACAAAACUCCUCUUCCUCGGCUCGUCCUGCAUUUACCCCAAAUUCGCCCCCCAACCCAUCCCCGAGAACGCACUUUUGACCGGCCCGUUAGAGCCGACAAACGAAUGGUACGCAAUCGCUAAGAUUUCUGGGAUAAAAAUGUGUCAGGCAUUUCGUCUUCAACAUUCAUUUGAUGCAAUUUCAGCAAUGCCGACGAAUUUGUACGGCCCCAACGACAACUUUCACCCCGAGAACUCCCACGUUUUGCCCGCUUUACUGCGCAGGUUUCACGAAGCCAAAGUAAAUAAUGUAGCGGAAGUAGUGGUGUGGGGGAGUGGGAAGCCAUUGCGCGAGUUUCUGCACGUGGAUGAUUUGGCAGAUGCUGUGGUGUUUUUGAUGGAGAACUAUAGCGGAAUGGAGCAUGUGAAUGUGGGGAGUGGGAAGGAGGUGAGCAUAAGAGAGCUCGCAGAAUUGGUGAAGGAUGUGGUGGAAUAUAAAGGGGAGAUUGUCUGGGAUUCAAGUAAGCCGGAUGGCACACCAAGGAAGCUCAUGGAUAACUCAAAGCUUGCCGAGAUAGGGUGGGAGGCCAGGAUCUCUCUCAGGGAUGGACUUAGGGAUACCUAUAAAUGGUACUUGGAAAAUGUUGUCAACCAGCAAUGGUGAAGGGACUUUGGGGGGACAAAUAUUCUCUGCUGAUUUCAUUCAUUCUUCUUGCUGGACAAACAAUCCUUACAUGUAUUGUCCUGCUUCAAACUGAGAGCAAAAGCUGUGAAACAAAUGAUCUGUUGUUGUACAAUAGAAUCAGAUAGUAUAUAUACAUAUCAUUGUUCAUGCGUGCUUUAUGGUCUGGAGAAGGAAGGAAUUGCUGCAAGUCCUGUGUUGGUUGGAGACAUGAGGAAUCUCUACUUUUUUUCUUAUGCUAAAUAAGAAAACCGUAUUUUCCCCCCUUCUUUCUUCCUUUUGUCUUUCCUUCAAGUUUCCCUCCUUUUCUUUCAUGAAUAUAAUACGUUGAAUGCAUGUUUGGUAAA